AUGCAUCAGGUACCGCCGCAGCAGCGGCACACUGGGGGGGACCCCGACCGGGUGGCGCUGGCAUACACCAUCGAUACCGAGUGGCGCAACAGGGCAGAGUUUGUGAAGGGCCGCGAGGCUGUGCGGGAGCUGCUCCGGCGAAAGUGGGAGAAGGAGAGGCACUACGUCCUGCGCAAAUACUACUUUGGACACGUGCAAAACCGGAUCAGCGUGUGCUUCGAGUAUGAAUACCAGGACGAGGCGGGGCAGUGGUACAGGGCGUACGGAAACGAGAAUUGGGAGUUUGCACAGAAUGGCCUGAUGCGCAAGCGCAUUGCCUCAAUCAACGAGGCGCCCAUCGCGGAGGGCGAGCGCCGCAUCGCGGUCGACAGCCCCACCCGCAACACCUGGCUGGCGGAGCAGGGUGUGGGCGGCGAGUUCCCUCUUGGCGGCGGCAGCAAGCUGGCGUACUGA